GCAGAUCAUAUGAUCGACUCGCGACCGUAAAAAGGGCGAGUCCGUGUUUUCUGCUCUGAAUUUGACAUAUCGGUCCUUCUUAUCGCCCAAGUCGCGGAAAAAAUAAUUAAGAAUGAAGGGGUGCAUGUUUAAUAUUGACAACGGUUAUCUGGAGGGUUUGUGUCGUGGUUUCAAAUGUGGAAUUCUCCAGCAAUCUGAUUAUUUAAACUUGGUCCAGUGUGAAACACUCGAAGAUUUGAAACUACAUUUGGCAGGAACUGAUUAUGGUAGUUUUUUGGCAAACGAACCAUCGCCUCUCGCUGUCAGUGUGAUCGAUGACAAACUGAGAGAAAAAUUGGUCGUGGAAUUUCAGCAUAUGCGCAAUCAUUCCGUCGAGCCUCUGUCACAAUUCCUGGACUUCAUCACUUACAGUUACAUGAUUGACAAUAUUAUUCUCCUCAUCACCGGAACAUUACAUCAGCGUCCCAUUUCCGAAUUAAUUCCCAAAUGCCAUCCUCUGGGAAGUUUCGAGCAGAUGGAGGCCAUCCACGUUGCGGCAACUCCUGCUGAAUUGUACAAUGCGGUUCUGGUUGACACUCCACUUGCUCCUUUCUUCGUCGAUUGCAUUUCCGAGCAGGACUUGGACGAGAUGAACAUUGAGAUCAUUAGGAACACUUUGUACAAAGCAUAUCUCGAGGCUUUUUACACAUUCUGCAAAGAUAUUGGCGGUACGACUGCCGACACAAUGUGCGAAAUACUUGCCUUCGAGGCAGACAGGCGAGCUAUCAUCAUCACAAUAAAUUCCUUCGGAACCGAGUUGGGAAAAGACGAUCGUGCGAAAUUAUAUCCACGAUGUGGUCGAUUAAAUCCUGAUGGAUUGGCAGCUUUGGCUCGAGCUGACGAUUACGAGCAAGUCAAGGCUGUUGCAGAGUAUUACACGGAAUACAGCGCUCUUUUUGAGGGCGCCGGGAAUAAUCCGGGUGAUAAAACCCUGGAGGAUAAAUUUUUCGAGCGCGAGGUGCGUUUGAACGUGAAUGCAUUCCUCCAGCAAUUUCACUUUGGGGUUUUCUACAGUUACUUGAAACUGAAGGAGCAAGAGUGCCGCAACAUUGUCUGGAUUUCGGAAUGUGUCGCUCAAAAGCAUCGCGCCAAGAUCGACAAUUACAUACCGAUUUUUUAAUUAAUCACAGAUUUAUCUAAUUAUUAUUCUCAUGCCUUCAAAGUAGGUAAAUCUCAUUUAUCAAAUUGUUUGCUGCCAAACUAUUUCGCGGAAAAGAGAAAGAAAAUUUAUAUAUAUGUAUAUUUCAGCAUUGGCUCAAUGCGCGUUUCAACAAGAGAGAUUUUAUCAUUUGAAAAAAUCGUGUAUUCCACUUUUAUUGUCUUUUAAAGUACAAAUUCAACCGUAACUUAAAAAAAUUUAGAAAAUCUUAUUUAAAUUUCGCGGGCAGCAACCGCUCAAAGAAAGGGCGCCAAAUUCAAAAGAUCGAAAGUUUCAAAGUAGUAGAAAAACAUAUUUUUCGCAGCAAAGAGAAUAUACUUGUUAAAUUAAUUAUGAUAUUUGUUUGUUUAAACAAUAAAUGCUUUAAAUUGUAUUGGAAUUUUUAAUAUUUAAUUUUUAAUUCGGUUUUUUUCGUAAAAAUGUUUAAGAAAUAUUUUUUUUUUUAUUUAAAUUUCCAAUUGAAUGAUUUCAGCGGCUGAAAAUCUCGUUUGACAUAGAAAAUUCUUUGAGCCAGUGCUUCAUUGUAGAGAAUUUUUGGAUAAAAUGAAUCAUUACAGAUUGGCGUGCAAUUUAAUUUAAAGAAACAAGGUCUUGUACAUAGUAUAUAUUUUGUUGUAAUCUCUAUCUCCAAUAUAGUAUUAUCAGAGGUACAUUUGUUGUCUGUAAACCGUACAUUAAUAAACGCAUUCUGCAUUCCAUGUUAA